ACGCCCGUCGUAUAUAACCAGGACCAGUACACCGUACAAGGGACAAGGCUGAAAAGGCAGACAAUCCAUCGACAUCGAGGUCGAGCUGAUCAACCAAGAAUCUAUAGCUAGCUAGCGCGUCCAGGUCUCGGCAGAAGCAGGCGAUGGAGAGGAAGCCGACGAAGAAGCACGCGAGGACCAGGAGCGGCGCGCUGGCGUCCUUCCUCAGGUCCACGGCCGCCUCCUUCUCCUCCUCCACGGCCACCACCUUCGGCUCCCGCCCCGCCGGCGGCGGCAAGGCGUCCUUCAACCACCGCAACGCCUUCUCCGGCCCCAUGGUCUCCAUCGUGCCGCCCGAGGCGCGCGGCGGCGGCAGGAGGCGGGGCGGUAGUAAGCAGGGGGGCGGCAGCGGGUACCGGACGCCGGAGGCCUCGUCGCCCAAGGUGUCCUGCAUCGGGCAGAUCAAGCGGAGCAAGUCCAAGACCUGCAAGGCCAGGAAGGCGGCAAAGAACGUCGCCCCCGCGGCGGCCUGCGGGAUGGAUGGCGGCGCCUGCCCCAUGCCGCCGCGGCCGCCGGCCCACAGGCCCAAGAGCUCGCUCGUCAGGCGGAUGUUCUCCCGACGGAGCAGGUCGUCGCGGCCUUCGUCCUCCUCGUCAUCCCACAAGUCGAGCGGCGCUGCCGACCUUUUCAAGGGGAGGCCGGGGAGCAGCGCCGCGGUGGCCGCUGCGCCGGUGUCGGGGCCGGGGAUGGCAGGGCUGGGGCAGAUGAAGCGGUUCACGAGCGGGCGCGGAGCGUUCCAGGACUUCGACUGGAGGGAGGCCGAGAGGAGGGGCUCCGACGUCGACGUGGACGACGAUUACGUGGACGACGGGUUCGUGGCGUUCUCGGCGCCGCUGGUGCUGGGCGGCGGGGUGGUGGCGUCGGAGCCCAGGAAGGAGGUGAACCUGUGGCGGCGCCGCCCCAUGUCGCCUCCUACUCCGCUGGAGCUCCCAUGAGAGCGGACGCCGCAGCAGCACCUGCAUGGCCGCCACACAUGCAAGGCAUGCCAAAUGUGUCGUCUGUUCUUUCAUUAGUUUGUGUACAGAAGCAGUAUACUUCUACGUGAUGCUCAUAAUACAAAGUAGUGUCGAUUUUGAUUUUGUAAAUGUGUGAUGAUCGUGUAUUCUGGAAGGAAUUAAAGAAUUUUUUGAAAUCA